AUGCCAACGGUGGCCGUCGGAAGAGACCGGCUUAACGAAGCCCUCGGUCGCAACUACACUACCGAAGAGUUUGAAGAAUUAUGUUUCCAAUUCGGCAUUGAACUUGAUGAUGUCACAACAGAGAAAGCGAUUAAGAUGAAAGAAAAGCAUUUGGGAGAAGAAGAAGAAGCAAAAGAAGGAGCCGCCUCGGGGAUAUCUCAGGCCCUAAGAAUAUUUAAUGGGAUUGAUGCAAAUAUUCCCGAAUACAAAGUUUCGGACAGUAUUGAUGAAUCAUCAUCAAUGCUCGAGAUUCAUGUGAAGAAGGAAACAUCUCAAAUAAGGCCGUUUGUUGUGUGUGCUGUUUUGCGAGGUAUAACGUUUGAUGAAGUCAAAUACAAAAGUUUCAUGGAUCUUCAAGACCGGCUUCACCAAAACAUAUGCCGGCAGCGGACUUUGGUCGCAAUUGGUACUCAUGAUUUGGACACAAUAGAAGGCCCUUUCACAUAUGAAGCUUUGCCACCUCAACAAAUCAAAUUCGUGCCACUGAAACAAACCAAGGAGUUUGCUGCCAACGACAUGAUGGAAGUUUAUAGGUCAGAUCAAAAGCUCAAGAAAUUCUUGCAUAUUAUUGAGGAUUCUCCCGUGUUUCCUGUUAUAUACGAUCGGAAUCGGACGGUUUUGUCUUUGCCUCCUAUCAUCAAUGGUGCUCAUUCCGCAAUCACUUUGAAGACUAGGAAUGUGUUCAUUGAAUGCACUGCCACCGACUUGACUAGGGCUAAUGUUGUUUUGAACACAAUGGUGACAAUGUUUUCCAAGUAUUGCGAAAACAAGUUCGAAGUCGAACCGGUUCGAGUAAUCUAUGAUGAUGAUGGAAAAUCAUGUUGUUAUCCUGACCUUUCUUUGUACCAAAUGGAGGUUCCCUUGUCAUAUAUAACUAGUAUUGUUGGAGUUGAGUUAGAAGCAAAUGAGGUGGCCGAUUUGUUGAAGAAAAUGCAGCUACAAGCUGAGCUAAAAGAUAAUGACACUUUUGAUGUAUCUAUACCUCCUACAAGAAGUGAUAUUCUACACCCAUGUGAUGUGGCUGAGGAUGUGGCAAUUGCUUAUGGUUAUGAUUCCAUACCGAAAGUGAUUCCGUCUUGUUCUUUGUCGCCGUUUGUGUUGAAUGAAUUUAGUCAUUUACUGACAAUGGAGAUUGCAAUGGCCGGAUUCUCGCAGGUGGAGAAUUGGGCACUUUGUUCUCAUGAAGAAAAUUUCACCAAGCUGAAUCGGAAGGGUGAUAAAAGAACGGCCGUAACUAUUGAAAACCCUCGCACCGUUGAUUCUCAGGAGAUGCGCGCGAGUCUAAUGUCCGGCAUGCUGAAAUGUAUUGGCCACCAAAAAGAUCACCCGAAACCUAUCAAGAUAUUUGAAGUCGGUGAUGUUGUGCUGCUGGAUGAUUCCAAAGAUGUUGGAGCGAGAAAUCAACGUCAUUGUGCGGCUUUGUACUGUGGUGCUAACUCUGGUUUUGAGUUGAUUCAUGGUCUGGUGGACAGAAUCAUGGAAGUUACUCGAAAACCUUUCAAAAAUCAGGAGAAAAUAGACCACUAUAUCAAAGCCUCGGAUGAGCCUCAGUUCCUUUCUGGUAGACAAGCGGAUAUCAUCUACAAGGGGAAGAAGAUUGGCACUUUCGGGAUUGUUCAUCCUGCGGUAUUGAAAACCUUUGAUAUUCCAGAUCCAUGCUCUUACGUGGAAGUCAACUUAGAGAGUUUGCUUUAG